AUCUCACCAUUCCCACGUGCUUUUCCCUCCAUCCACACUCAUUGAUUCUCCACCGCUUCAAUCGCCGUGAAUCCGAUUUCAAAUCAAGCUCCGUGUUGCAGACACGAAGAAGAAGAAGAAGGAGACGUUGAUGGCGAUGAACGGGGGAGAAAUCAACUCUCAGAUGAUGAAGGUCGUCAAGGGAGAGUUCGGCUACGUGCUCGAAGAUGUUCCUCACCUCUCCGAUUACAUCUCCGAUCUCCCUACUUAUCCAAACCCACUGCGGUCUAAUCCUGCAUAUUCAGUUGUCAAGCAAUACUUUGUUGACAUGGAGGAUACAGUUCCCAAAAAGAUUGUUGUUCACAGUGAUAGUCCAAGAGGGGUCCAUUUUAGACGCGCUGGUCCUCGUCAAAAGGUGUGUUUUAGUUCAGAUGAUGUGCAUGCUUGCAUUGUAACAUGUGGUGGUUUAUGUCCUGGGCUAAAUACUGUGAUCAGGGAAAUUGUUCACAGCCUUGACUACAUGUAUGGUGUCAGAAAAAUCAUUGGAAUAGAAGGAGGCUACCGGGGAUUUUAUGCUAAGAAUACCAUUGAUUUGACUCCAAAGCUUGUAAAUAAUAUACAUAAACGUGGUGGCACAAUCCUUGGAUCAUCGCGUGGGGGUCACGACACCAAAAAAAUUGUUGAAAAUAUACAGGACCGUGGGAUUAAUCAGGUCUAUAUUAUUGGUGGGGAUGGAACCCAAAAAGGAGCAGCUGCUAUCUAUGAGGAAGUAAGGCGGCGUGGUCUCAAAGUUUCUGUUGCUGGUAUUCCCAAGACAAUUGAUAAUGAUAUUCCGGUAAUUGACAAGUCGUUUGGUUUUGAUACCGCUGUGGAAGAGGCUCAACGUGCCAUCAAUGCAGCUCAUGUUGAAGCUGAAAGCGCUGAAAAUGGUAUUGGUUUGGUGAAGCUAAUGGGCCGCUAUAGUGGAUUCAUUGCAAUGUAUGCAACUUUGGCCAGCAGAGAUGUAGAUUGCUGUUUGAUUCCAGAAUCCCCCUUCUAUCUUGAAGGACAGGGUGGGCUUCUUGAGUACAUCGAAAAACGGCUCAGAGAAAAUGGGCACAUGGUAAUCGUGAUAGCUGAAGGAGCUGGGCAGGAGCUUCUUGCUGCCGAGACCUUAAAUGCCAAAUCCGAGCAAGAUGCUUCUGGAAACCAUCUUCUCCGAGAUGUGGGUAUGUGGCUUUCUGAGAAAAUCAAGGACUAUUCUAAAAAGAGACAAUUUCCAAUUACUCUUAAAUACAUAGAUCCAACUUAUAUGAUCCGUGCCAUCCCAAGCAAUGCAUCUGACAAUGUGUAUUGUGCAUUGCUUGCUCAAAGUGCUGUGCAUGGAGCGAUGGCUGGGUUUACGGGCUUCACAUGUGGGCUUGUCAAUGGUCGCCAAACUUACAUCCCGUUCAACCGCAUCAUAGAGCGGCAAAACAAGGUUGUGAUUACCGACCGUAUGUGGGCCCGUCUCCUUUCUUCAACGAACCAGCCAAGCUUCUUGUGCCCGAACAUGGUGGGGAGCUCCGGGAGGGAGGAGGAGGGCGUGCAAAGCCAGCCCGUGGCGCUGGAGAAUGGCAAAACGCACGACAUAGGUUCCAUGUUGUGAAGGAACAAAAAAAGGGCACACGCUUUUUUUUGUUAAUUAAUUUAUUAAUCAACCACAGUACUAUAGUCUAUAAUUCUAUAUAUUUUGAUAUCUUAAAGUCUUAAUGUCUCCUUGCAUCAAAAAUCUGCCUCUCCAUCCCGCUGGAAUUUGUCUACUACCUUAGCUUACACAAAUAAUAAUAAUAAUAGUAAUAAUAAUAGUAAGGGGUUGUGCUUUAUUUUGAUUCACUUUACUCUUCAUAUGAAAAAUGGACUGCUGAUAUUGCGCUUUUAGGGAGGGUGAAGUUGUUAUUUUAGUCUUAUGUGUGGAUGUAAAAUGGAAAGUGUUAAUAAGUUUUUUAAGUACCACAUUGAGAAAAUGGACAAAAUCCACCGGGAUGAAGGGAGUAGUAGUGAGAUAGUGUUGAUAAAGAAUAUGUUCUCUU